AUGAAUGAGGAUUCCAUAUUUUACAAUCAAGCCACAGAUGCUAUAAUAUCAUUAGACUCUAUAUGUGAUUUGGAUCCUGUAAUAAAAGAGUUACUGUCUCGUAUAACUCUAAAUAAUGUAAAUAAAACUGAGCCAAAUGAUAAUAUUCCACUUCCUACUCCCAAUAGCAACACAUAUCGUUAUGAUAACACGUUAGAUGUGUUCAAUAGAGAUCAUGCCGCCACCUCUGAUAUUAAUGGUUCAUCCACUGAGAAGACUAAGAAUUCAAACAAAAGAUCGAAACAUAAUAAGACUAGAGAAUAUAAGUGUCUGAAAUGUGAUUUGAAGUUCUCGAGGUCAUCAGACUUAAGGAGACAUGAAAGGGCACAUUUACCUAUCUUACCAAAUAUUUGUCCACAAUGUGGGAAAGGUUUCGCAAGGAAGGAUGCAUUGAAAAGACAUUUUGAUACUUUGACAUGUAAAAGGAAUAGAAGCAAAUUACAUACAAUCGGCAACAACGAACAAAUUAGUGAAAUCUUGGAAGUAUUAAGGCAAAAGGCUUCAGAUCAUCAUGGAUAA